GCUACUCCUUAGCCUUCUGACCGAUGCCAAUGUUUCCUCCAGCUAGUUCAUCACCAUCCAGCAAUGUGUCCAUUUGUAUGUACCCAGCUGUUGCUGCUCCGCAAUAUGUAUCUGUCGACCGUGCGGAACCUCCUGAACUUCCUACUUCUCGUCUAAUCCAGCAUGGAUCUAUUGUUGUUCCCGGAGAAGUCAUUUUUCCUCCUGGUUCUAAUCUAAUCACGGGCCAUGGAACAUACCGGGAAACUGACCAGACCACCCUAUCCAACGUGCGCAAAAUGGAUGUCGAUACCGACCCUCAGCGAGACGAAGACGGCGUUAAGACCGGUGCGAUGCGCACUUCACUUACUGGACGUGUUCGGAUUGUCAACAAGUUGGUCUAUGUGGAACCUCCCAAAGCACGCUACGCUGGCAACAUUGGUGACACAGUGGUGGGGCGCAUUGUUGAGGUGGAGCAGCGUCGAUGGCGGGUUGAUAUCAAUUCAGCCCUACUAGGCAACUUAGCUCUGGCAAAUGUCAAACUCCCCGGUGGUGAGUUGCGGCGCAAAUCCGAAGACGAUGAGCGCGCAAUGCGUUCGUUCAUGAAGGAAGGUGAUCUUAUCGUGGCUGAGAUACAUGAAGUGUACAAAGAUGGCAGCUUACAAUUGCACAUGCCUGGAACGCGAACCGGAAAGCUGGGCGGUGGUUGCCUACUGCGCAUUCCACCUAGUUUGGUGAAACGUCAGAAAAUCCAUCGACAUCGUCUGGCAGUCCCACGUACCGACAGUAGCAUCCUCAAUUCGCACUCUGCUGCCCCUACCGAUGUCAUUCCCGUUGGUUUGAUCCUCGGUUGCAAUGGAUAUGUAUGGAUUGGACCAGCUCGUGCGAUGGACAUUGGCCUUCGUUUGGCCGCUCCCAUCGAGUCUGAACGUGAGGGUGGCGCACGUGCGGAUCAGAUUGCCGAACGAGUCGCUGUGGCCCGUGUUCGCAAUUGUAUCGUUGCUCUCGCUCGGAACGGUGUAUCUGUUUGGGAGACCAGUGUGCUAGCGGCAUGUGAAGCCAGUUGCUUAACCGAUCCACAGGCCAUGGAUGAGGAUGAUGAAGAGCUGGAUGCGAUGGAAGGCGCCACUCUUUUGCGCAACCGAAUCUCUUCCCUCUUGCGUCCGGACGUAUCACAAAGACUGGUGACCUUGGUGCGGGCGAAAUUGGGCCUAACCACUUGAUGGACCACACUGAUGCACGUUGUAUAUGCCCCAUUGGCACUGUAAAGUUAUAAAGCGAUCCCUCAUCUGCUUGGUCUACUGCUUACUUCU